GCGUCUGGGUAUGUCACACCACGGAGGAACAUGUACUAUCCCUGCUUAAGUGCCGGCAGCCGAUUAGCAUUGCCCUUCGAAACUGGACUGCAAAGCGCAUCAAGUUAUUAGAGAUUAAGGAAGACCUCCGAACCAGAAUGCCCUUUCUUAAGAAGCUGCCAGGACGGUCAAAGGGUUGCCACAACAAAGGGGAGCUAACCAUGCCAAGCUGCAAUUUAAAUCCAUUUGAGGAAGUGGACCAACAGUGCCAAUACUUUCCAGAGGAAGCUUUGGCGUUAGAGAGGUCCCAACAACAUUGUUCCUUCGAAAGUGAGGCAGAGGAGAAUGGAACCAAUUACGGAGAGCGACAAGUGGGUUCGAAGGGCAGUCAGCCUCUUAGGGGGACACUGGUGAAACUAUACAGCUCCUCACCGCUGAAGACAUUGGGGAAACUGGGCAAGGAGCUUCGGAAUACAGCUCGCAGCAAGUGGGGAAACAAUGCACCCUCCUCACGCAGCUCGACUCUGCCGUCCGAGAAGAGGAGAAACAGUCGGAGGAGUUCAGAGGAGAUUAUGACCUUACUGCGCUAUAGUUUGGCAAGCCUACGCAAGGAGUCUACCUGCAGAGAAAGCCUCAAUGGUGGAGAGUCUAAUCUCGAGACAGAUGAUGAUGCCCGCAGACGCCCAUCCUUCCUGCGCAUCGUUAGUCUUGGCAAGCUUCGGAGGGAGUCGAUGGUGGACCGCAUUUCCCAGGAGGCCGAGGAAGAGAAGGUGGAGGAGCCACCAGUGGUCAAACCAAGAGAACCUCUCUCCGUCUUAGAAAUCCUGCGGCUUGUCAACCAAAGGAGUCUACUGUUAGCUGACACUCACAUUCAGGAGCUUGAGCGUGAGUGUGAGCUUGACCAUUCUGCUCCCAACAUGGCGAUACCAACCACUCGUAGGUCCAGCGCGAUGUCUGCAGGACACCUUCCUGAGACAAUGUCCACCUCUUGCGUCUGGGACGCAGGCCGGCGCAAGGCUAAAGAUGUGGAGCUUCUGUACGAGGCCCUGCAGCAGGAGAUGUGGGACGUGGUGCGAGAGUCACUCCGCCAGCCCUGCGCCGGCCCACAGCUGGGCCUGGUGGUGCUGGUGAUCCAGCAGGAGGAGCAGGCCGACUCCGCCUGGGCCCAACGAGAAAAAGACAAAUCUCUGCCCGACGAGGACGAAGAGGACCUUCACGAAGGGCUGUACAUGACCCCCAGUGAAGGCCUCCUCCAGCCCUGCUGUCGGCCUCGCCGCCUCAUGAGGCGCUGGGAGGAGGCCGUGGGAGAGGCUGCAGACUGGUCACUGCCCCAGCCUGGGGGCAUCUCCGCUGGCCAGCUGGCCUCAUUCCUGGAGCGUCUCAGCGGACGUGUCCUGGAGGAUCUGGAUGCAGCGUGCAGAAACGUGGUGGGCAUCUACCCAGAGGACUUCAGUGCUUUUCAGGUGUAUGUGCAGAGCUACCACAGGGCUGUGGCUCAACGCCUCAAGACAAUUACAAGUGGACCACUCCAGAUAACAGACACAUACUCUCUGCUGGACUGGAUCUACAAUAUCUACAGCAGGGAUGUUCUAGGGCCAGUGGGCAACAUGGCAACCCUUGACUGUACCCAGCUAGAGCCACUGUUAGCAUCAAAGUGUGUCGACAGACUGGAACAGGACUGCAUCAAUACCGUUAAGGACAAUGUAAGCAUAGAACUCUCACAAGUACUGGAGGAUGAGGAGAGAAGAUGGGCCCAAUCUAUGCACAUUGAAGAGUAUCAGUCCAACCUUGCACGCUCAGUUAUUCAGCGAUUGAAAAUAGACAUUGACAGGUCAACAGCUAUCAACCAACAGCUAGGAGCUCGAGUAGCUCGCUGCACUCUUAGUGGCCUGGCGGACUUCUUGCAGAGUUUCAAAAGAAAGGUGGAGCUGUUUCAUGAGACGCAGGCUGAUUUCGGGGACAGAGGGGAUGGAUAUAUCUCCAAGACAAUCGCUCUUGUUAAUUGCAUACCUCCCUUCAGGAACUUUGUGGAGCGCUGCCGGCAGUGUGAUUCCCUCGGGAGCACAGACUCUCUGGAUCAUGCACACUCGUCACUUGAGACCAUUGUCAACCAGUCCACCAAAGUACUGACCGACAGACUGUUCGACAACAUUAGGCCAUUUUUCGACAAGCUGGUGAAGCGAAAAUGGCUGAAUAACACUGAGGCCUUUGAGAAUAUUGAGAUUACCAUCAAACAACACUUUAAGAAGUUCCGUCGAAUGGACUGUCCUCCAUAUCAAAUCCUGGUGAAUGAGGUACACAGGCGGGUCUUGAUUGAGUACGUCCGGGCAAUCAUGAGAGGCCGCAUCAUCUGCACAUCGCUCAAGAUGAGGAAGAGAGUGGCUUACAGACUUCAGGAUGAGGCCAAGCAAAUAAAAGCACUUUUCAAAGAUCUGGAAUCUGAUUGCUCGUGGUUAGACAGUCUCAUUGCACAUCUGGCAGACAUCAUUCUUCUGGAGGACAUUCCAUCAAUACAGAUGGAAGUUGGAGUACUGGUGAAGGAGUUUCCAGACAUACGGAGGAGGCACAUCUCCACCGUACUGAACAUGAGGGGGAUGAUGCAGCAGACUCAGCGACAGGUGAUCCUGGGCAUAGUGUGUGACCUGGAGAACAGCGAGAGCCCUGUGGAGGUGCCCCGGGACCAUGCCCUCUUCUCGGAGAUCCCCGUGACCAGUGAGGUCUCUUGUCUUGGGCUGGUGGUGAUUCGCGUAGCCCUUACUGUAUCUUCAUGGGUCUCAACCAUGUGGCCCCACCGUAGACAUAGAUAUCGUCAUCGCCGUGGGCACACAUGAGUCAUCUCCGAAGCUGCUUUAGGAUUCCAUUUGUUGCAGUGAUUUCAUUGGAUUCAAUAUACACUCCCAGUGUUUCAUAAGGUGAUGGAUACAAUGUGCUUGUAAAACGAAAAAUAAAAUUGUACAAAAGGGCUAAGUUAAAAAUCAAACUGAGAUAUACUUCUUUAUAGUUCUUUGAACUUUUUUUUGUAAAAAUGUUGGUGUAAAUAAACAUAAUCAUCAACACAGUCAUGAUUAUACAAACUGAUUUCAUUUGUCUUCUGGCCAUAAACUGGUCUAUAUUUGCAAUACUGUGUAUUUAUGCAUUUGUAACUAUUUAUCGUGCUAUUUUUACACAAUAUGGAUAUUAUCUGUUUCACAGUUAAAUGAAUAAAAUGCUGUUGCAAAGUCAGAUAUUCAGUUAUAAAAUGAUAAUUCCAUCAGUUUUGUAAUUUAUGUUUCAAAUUGUAAGUGAAAAUAAAAAACAAUUUAAGAA